AUGUUGGUCUUUUUCCGGUUGGCGCGUUUCCGUUCCGAGCCUCAAUCCCGUCCCCUUCGAUGCCACAUCAUCUCGACCCAGAACUCUUCGCAUCCGCCGUUCCUGCUCAACCGAUUCGCCGGCGUCGUUCACCUCGACCCGAGGCAACUGGCAGCCGAGUCUGCAUUUGACGGUCCGGAGGAGGCGAUCAUUCAAUUCGGCCAUCUCUGCGUCGGCUCUAGCGCUUUUCGACGAGCGCGGCUGCUUCAAAACGCCUCGCCGCCACGCCUGACGCCUUCUCGUUCGUUUGUCGAGCCGAUCGAUAAGCAGCGGAUGGCGCAGCAUUUGAUUGGUCCGAUCAAUAAACCGAUCGAUGCAAGCGUCUCAUUGCAUUCGAGACUAGCGAAGCGGUCAGAACACAGUUCAGCAGCGACACUUCAGUCCGUUUCUGCUCCUCCCUCUUGUCCCUUCCCUUCCCUUCCCUUCCCUUUCCCUCCCUGCCCUUUCCCCUGGCACCCUCCUGCCACGUCUCGUCCAGUUGCUCUUUGCAAAUCUGACACACUUCGUCACGCUGGCCAUGAGCCCAAAUCACAAACCGAUGAUUAAUCACGAAGACAAGCCCUUGGCUCUGCUUCAGUAAGGCAGAACUGUUGUUCAUGUUUUAUGAUCGGGAAACCUGGAGUCUUGACUCAUCUGCCCAGCCAUUUUGAAAACUCCCCCUUUUGCGUCUACUCGCGAAAAUGGAGAGUUCACCGAGUUUGGACGCAGUUGCUUUCGUGCUUCACGCCCCACCAAAAGACUAGUAGUACCGUGGCAUCUGCUCUCAGACUGACAAAAAACGAGAAGACGAAAGCAGGCGACGUAGAGGCUGUCAAGUGUGCGUGGCUACGUGGCUGUAAUGGUGUCAGGACGCUGGAUGGCUUCUUCCAGGACAAGCAUCGUAUCGGCCUGCUCAUAUUCGACGACUUGGAACAGGCCAAGAAAUACGAGGAAUCCACUUUGAAAUACAGAGACGCUCAAUCUUUUGGUGGCAUCGAAUUGUUUCGAGUCCCUUUGGCUCUGCCUGUGCUCUCAAUCAGAAGUACUCAACUCUGGAGCCUUGCAGAAAAGACUGAUAAUGUCUCCUUCAUGCCUUUGCCUCCCAAUUCCUUCCCGCCCUCACCACCACAACCAACAGGCACUCAAUUUUGCCAGAUUGACUUCUACUCGGUGCGCAGCACAGAAUCAUUCACCAAAUUUCUGUUAAAGUACAACGAAAUGGUGCGUGAAAGCGGAGGAGUGAUGGUGGCUGGAUCUUCGCAGUACGGCACUUGGAUGAAGGAAUCUCAACCGACAUUCAUUUGCAUGGUUCAAUGGAAUAGAGUGUCAGAGUUCGAGGACUGUUUCAUGAAGGGUAAGUACAUUUCAGGCCUACCGCCAAAGAAAGUCUUAAAUAUGCUUUCUGUUGUCGGGGCUUAA